CCGGCGCCUCCCGGCCGCCAUCAUCCCGGCGUGCAGCGCGGCGGCGGGCCGAGCCGGCCGCCAUGUUGCGAUAGUUUGUUGUUUUCUUCCUGAGGAGGAGCAGGCCGGAGGGCCAGCCACCCGCCGGCCGCGCAGCCCUCCGCCCCAAGGCCCGGCCCGCUGCCCCCCGCGUCUCGUCCCCCGCCCCGCGUCUCCGGGCCCCGGCUGGCCCGGUGGCCCCCCCCAGCUGGCUUGGUGGGGCGAGGCUGAAGGCCGGGCCCAGCGAGCACUAUGGCGGCCGCCCUGGGAGCGGGCGGAGGAACCGGCGCUGGAGAUGAUGACUUUGACCAGUUUGAUAAGCCUGGUGCAGAGCGGUCCUGGAGGAGAAGAGCUGCAGACGAGGACUGGGACAGUGAACUUGAAGAUGACUUACUUGGAGAAGACUUGCUCUCUGGCAAAAAGAAUCAGUCGGAUUUGUCAGAUGAGGAGCUAAAUGAUGAUCUUCUACAGAGUGAUAACGAAGACGAAGAAAAUUUCAGUUCUCAGGGUGUCACAAUUAGUCUGAAUACCACAUCUGGCAUGGUCACAUCAUUUGAACUGUCUGACAACACUAAUGACCAGUCUGGAGAACAGGAAUCCGAGUAUGAACAAGGAGAAGAUGAACUCGUUUAUCACAAGUCUGAUGGAUCUGAACUGUAUGCUCCUGAGUACCCGGAAGAAGGACAGUAUGAAGGCCACGGUGCUGAGCUGACAGAAGACCACAUCCAGUACGUGGGGGAGCCGGAGGAGGAACAGCUGUACAGUGACGAGGUGUUAGACAUCGAGAUCAAUGAGCCUUUAGAUGAGUUCACAGAUGAAGAAUACUUGCAGGCUUGUGGGCAACAAGGGAUGAAAGAGCAGGAAGACUGUGUUGCUGAAGAGGAAUUAGAUGAGAUUACUGAUUCCCAGGUUGCUCCUGAAACCGAAGAGGGAGGCAUGGAAACUUUGGAGCUGCAGAAGGACAUGAAAGAGGAGUCAGAUGAAGAAGAGGAUGAUGAUGAAGAAUCUGGACGAUUACGUUUCAAAACUGAAAGGAAAGAAGGAACAAUUAUUAGGCUCUCAGAUGUAACUAGAGAGAGAAGGAACAUUCCAGAAACUUUGGAGCUUUCAGCAGAAGCCAAAGCUGCAUUGCUUGAAUUUGAAGAAAGGGAGCGACAGCAUAAACAGGGACGCUACGGCUCAAGGCGGGGAGGAAGGAGAGGAGGUUCGUCCAUGUGUCGUGGAGUGGGAGACCAGAGGAGAGAGAACAGUGAGAGGGGAAGAGCCAAGGAUCACAGGCCCGCCCUGCUGCCCACACAGCCACCUGUGGUGGCGCACUCUCCGAGGUUAAUUCCUCCUCCACAGCCUCAGCCUCCCCCUCCGCCGCCGCCGCCGCCGCCGCCUCAGCAGCAGCCAAUCAGAAGUCUGUUCCAGCAGCAGCAGCUCCAGCCUCUGCUUCCCCUGCAGCAUCCGCACCAUCCCUCCCCUCCUCAAGGGAUGCACCUGCCGCCCCAGAUCGAGGCCCCGAGGGCGAUGAUGACCCCUCCUCCCGUGACUCCACAGCAGCCCAAGAACAUACACAUAAAUCCCCACUUCAAGGGGGCAGUGGUGACGCCUGUUCAAGUGCCCUUGCUGCCAGUCCCGAGCCAGCCGAGACCUGCUGUGGGGCCCCAGAGAUUCCCGGGCCCUCCAGAGUUCCCACAGCACACACCUGGACCUGUUCCCAACAGUUUCAGCCAGCCCCCGCGGCUUCCUCUUCAGGACCAGUGGAGGGCCCCGCCGCCUCCCCAGGAGCGAGACCCUUUCUUCUUAGGAGGUGAACCAAGGUUCCCGAGCCAUCUCUUUCUGGAACAGCGAAGUCCCCCUCCCCCGCCGCCUCCUCCCACGCUUCUUAGCAGUGGUCACCCUGUGCCCACUCCCAGUCCCUUACCAUUCACCCAGCCUGGACCAGCGUUUAAUCAGCAAGGACAGCAGCCUGUGUUCCCCAGAGAGAGGCCCGUGAGGCCAGCGCUGCAGCCGCCAGGGCCGGUGGGGAUUCUGCACUUCAGCCAGCCAGGGUCCGCAGCAGCACGGCCGUUCAUCCCUCCUCGACAGCCCUUCCUGCCCGGCCCAGGACAGCCGUUCCUGCCCGCCCACACACAGCCUAACCUUCAGGGGCCCCUGCAUCCCCCUCUGCCGCCUCCCCCACAGCCCCAGCAGCAGCCCCCGCUCCCGCCCCCGCUCCAGCCACCCUCGCAGCACCAGCCGCCGCCGCCGCCGCCGCCGCACCCGCACCAGCACCAGCACCAGCACCAGCACCACCACCUCUCUGUUCCUCCCCCGCCCCUGAUGCCCGUGGCUCAGCCCCAGUUCAGGCCUCACAUGCAGACGGGGCCGCCUCAGCCAAACAGCAGUCGGACGCAGUGCCCCCAGCGCCAGGGGCUAAGGCAUAACACAACUUCUCAGAAUGUAACCAAACGACCAAUGCAGCAAAUGCAGCCAACUGCUCCAAGAAACAGUAAUUUGCGUGAAUUACCAAUAGCACCGUCACACGUUAUAGAAAUGAGUAACAGUCGCUGCUCCUCCACACCAGCGGCUCAAGUGAAGCCUAUUAUCAGCACGUCACCGCCCACGAGGCCCGGGCUGGGGCCCAGGACUACCGCGCACGGGAAGGCCGAUGUGAAAGUCAAGCCAGUCAGCCCCGUGAGCCGGCCUAAAGAGGAAGCAAAAGCAGAACCAGAGUUUCCUGAUGAAGAUGAAGAAACGAGGUUAUACCGCUUAAAGAUAGAAGAACAGAAGCGCCUCCGGGAAGAGAUCCUGAAGCAGAAGGAGCUGCGGCGGCAGCAGCAGGCGGGCGCCAGGAAGAAGGAGCUGCUCGAGAGGCUGGCACAGCAGCAGCAGCUCUGCCCCCCGCCAGCCCUGGCCGGGCAGGAAGAGCAGCUGUCGGCGCCGUCGCCCGCCAAUGGGAGCCCGCCGUUACCCUUCCCGGGGGCCCAGGUCAGACCGCAUGUGAAAAACAGACUUCUCGUGAAAAACCAAGAGGCCACUGUUUCAAACGUUCCACCCAAAACAUCCAGUUUUGUGCCAUCUGGUGCUAACACGCAGUAUCAAGGACAGCAGAUGAAACCACUGAAACAUUUGAGACAGGCCAGAACCAUACCUCAGUGUCCAGCUCAGCACAGAGUCCUGCAGGUAAAGCCUGCAGACGGGGAGGGGCCGCCACCCCCCUCACAAACUGCUCGAGCCGCGUCCCUCCAGGGCCGGCCCCCGGAGGCCAAGCCUGGCGCGAAAAGGACUGUCAUGCACCGGGCCAACAGCGGUGGCGGAGACGGGCCGCACGUCAGCUCCAAGGUCAGGGUGAUUAAGUUGUCAGGCGGGCAGGGAGGAGAGAGCGAUGGCUUCUUUCACCUGGAGGGCCAGCCUCAGCGGCUCCCUCAGCCCCCAGAAGUGAGACAGCAGCCUGCCCGCAAGGUGACGCUGACCAAGGGGGCGCUUCAGCAGCCCCAGCACCCUCCGGUGGGGGCCCACGUGCACUCAGCCGGCCCUCCAGGCAUCAAGAGCAUCCAAGGAAUUCACCCGGCCAAGAAGGUCAUCAUGCACGGGAGAGGCCGGGGAGCGGCAGGUGCGAUGGGCCGGGGCCGCCUGAUGCCGAACAAGCAGAAUCUCCGGGUGGUCGAGUGCAAGCCUCAGCCCUGCGUCGUGUCUGUUGAAGGGCUUUCUUCAUCCACUACUGACGCCCAACUGAAGAGCCUGCUGAUGUCAGUAGGACCCAUUCAGAGUUUACAGAUGCUUCCCCAGCAGCGGAAAGCCAUAGCCAAGUUCAAGGAACCCGCCCAUGCAUUAGCAUUUCAGCAGAAGUUCCACAGGCAUAUGAUAGAUUUGUCCCACAUAAACGUGGCCCUGAUUGUUGAGUGAUUUCUGGCAGGAGAGCCUGACUGUAACGCUGCACACGUGCUGUGGAAUUUCUUCCCGGGAGCUGCCGCGCAGAGCCCCGCGAGCUUAGGUCUCUCCGUCCGCAGCCCUGCGUGGCUGUUGUCCGGAGCGCCCAGCGGCCCAGCACUGGUUCCAGAAGAGCUGACCUUACGGGACACGGCAGACUCGACUCGGUGUUAGAUCGCUUCACUUUCUCUUGUCACCACGAAGAACUACAGGUUUCGCUUCCUUUUGUUUUCAAAGUGCUUACAAUGCAUGUAGACGUCGUUCCUCGUGAUCUUAUGUAUGAUCGAUUACAGCGACUUAGAGUGAGUAAAGAACAUUAACGUCACUAAUUCUCAGUAGUUUUCACAGCAAAGAAUAUUUGAUAAUGGUUGCACUUAUCUUCAGUGCAGGCUAGAUGAGCAUUUUCUCAACCAGCUUCACUUGCGUUACCGCCUCAGAAAGCCCUCAAAAGGCUCUUGUAAAAACGUAGGUUAAAAUUCGGGUGAUUAUGAUUGGCAGUUGCAUAUCCUGGAAAGCAGGGUAUGAGGGUGGUUGGGAGUGGUGCCAAUUGUGUGGCCGAUUCUGCUUCUUGUAAAUAUUCCAAAAGCGCCAACUGUAUGGUCCUGGUUCCAAAGGGAACGCCCUUUUUUAUACUCGUCCUGGAUGUGGCGGAAGUGCUGCCGGGCACCGUCACGCGCCCCCGGGCUGAGAGCAGGUGUCGGGACGCCCUCACCUCCAGCCCUCGCUGGGCUCCCUGCUAGGCGAGCUGCGUAGCAUACCUGCCAGGUGAGGAGGGUAGGACAGCCUGAAGCGUUCGCAGGCCUCUUUUGUUUUUUCCUCUUUUUAAGUGCAGCCCCAUGUGGCAUAUUCAUGUCACCGGCUCUGUGACGCAUAUAGAACGUUCUUGGGCGACCUGUGAUUCAGAUUUUCUUUUUUGAAGGCCUUUUUGAGCAGAGGCUGCGCUGUCCUUCAGUGGACCUGAGAGCGAGGGGACCUUUGCGCUGGCUCGUCACUCUCCGUGGCGUGUGGCGCAGUGUGUCUGGGGGAUGCUGGGUAGGCCCCUUCCGGUGAGAGACGCUUCCUCCCCUUAAAGCCAUCUAGUAAAAUUCAUCCUGGGCAAACGUGGAAAGAGUGCCUCAUUGUAUUUCUGCUCGUGAAGGAGUCUCACUGUUUCGGAUUGAUUCUAACAUGGACCUGAACUAUUUGAGCGAAUGAUACCGGGGCAUGCUCAGACUUUUUAGCUGUAUUUUAUACUUAAGAUUUCCUGUGAGAUUUAUGAAUGGAAUUAAGGGAAACAGAAGCCUGUUACCACCGGUUAAUGCGUCUGGUUAGCCCAGCGAGGACCAGAUGUGAGCAGGAAGCCCCCUGCAGCAAGGCGUCCCUCCUCCUCAGCCUUCUCUUGGGAGCUAAGACACAGGUCAUGUGAACUUGUGUCUUCUUAUUUUCACAGUUAAAAUUUUAUAUUACUUUUUCAAAUUAAGUUACCAGAACCAGAGGAGAACAUUUCAGACCCUGUGAGACUUUCUGUAGCAUUGAUUCCACUGUGGUACCGUGUGCUAGGAGUGAGCCGGAAUGUGAAGGUGGGUGUUGAUGGCUGCUCUUCAGAAGAUUUUGGUUCCAGGGAACUAUAGGCACUCGUAGAACAUGCUAGAAUACCCCCCCCCCCCCCCCCCCCCCCCC